UGAAAAUUUUAAAUUACUAUUAGAAUCGUGUGAGCAGUCACAACUAUAACAUCUAUAGUUACGGUGUAUACAAUACAAUAAUAAGAUGGCGACUGAAGCACCUGUUAGCCAAGUGCCCGAUUGGGUGAAGGCUGAAAUAUUCACUGAUGUAUUAAAAGAAUCUGUUGCGGGUUUUUCGAAAAUCAAGAGUUUCAAGGCUACUGGAGGAUCGGCAGCAGGCGAAAACUAUGCAACUAUCAUGCUGCGCGUGAAUAUAGAAGUGGAACUAAUAGACGGCAAAGAAAAAUCCGUUUCUUACAUGCUGAAACUCCCUCAUCAGUCGGAAAUGUUCCAAGCGAUGAUGAAAAUUAACAAUAUUUUUGAAGCAGAGCGUGCUGCAUAUAAUACAAUUGUUCCAGAGAUGGAGCAAUUGUAUCGUGAUGCGGGCGUAGAAGUUAAAUUCGGUGCCAAAUCUUACGACCUGAAAGAUGCUAAGACUGAUUAUGUCCUUCUCGAGGAUCUUGCUCCUCAGGGGUUCAAGAACAUGAAUCGUCUAGAAGGCUUGGACCAGGCACAUACUGAAUCAGCCCUACGGAAGUUGUCCCAAUGGCAUGCUGCCUCCGUUGCACGUGUUGCCCAAAUAGGACCAUACCCUGAAAAAUAUAACACUGGAUUUUUUACAGAACAAAAUCGCCCCAUUGUAACGGAAAUGAAUGCCAGUAUGGCAAAAGGCUUUCUGGAGUCCUUUGCAACCUACGAGGACAACGAAGAAUAUGUAAACAUCGUGAAAUCAUUACAACCUAAGUUAACUGAUAUAUACUACAAGCUGGCCAAACCAGAUACCAGUGGACUGAAUGUAUUAAAUCAUGGCGACUUUUGGAGUAACAAUAUGAUGUUUUCCCAUGAUUCGUCUGGUAAAAUUGAAGAAACCUAUCUGGUAGAUUUCCAGAUGCCGAAGUAUGGAAGUGUAGCUCACGAUCUUUUGUAUUUUCUGAUUUCCUCAACUAAGUUUGAGGAUAAGCUGACUAAAUUUGAUUAUUAUAUCAAAUUUUAUCACGAAAAUCUUGUGGAAAGUCUGAAAAUUCUCAAGUAUUCAAAGCCGCUGCCAACCCUACGUGAAAUUCAUAUCGCACUCAUCAAAAAUGGUUUCUGGGGUUAUUUUACAGCAACGGGUGUUAUGGGUGCAGUUCUAGUCGAUCCCACAGAAAAUGCAAGUUUGGAUAACUUCCUUAGCGAUACCAAGGAGGGUGUAAACUUUAAAUCAUUGCUCUAUACUAAUCCUCGUUACCGGAAGCAUAUGAAAAUUAUUCUGCCUUGGCUAUUAAAUCGUGGUGUUUUCGAGGAAUGUUAAAUUGAACUAAGAUAUUUAUUUUUUUAAG